AUGGCACAGACGAACGGUACCAACCGAUUAACUGCCGUCGAAAAGCUUCGAGAGUUGCUCGCAGACCCAGGGAAGACUAUUGGAUGCCCGGGUGUUUAUGAUGGAUAUACGGCGAGAAUUGCGUUGCAGGAGGGCGUGGAUUGUCUCUAUAUGACAGGUGCUGGGACAACGAUGUCACGAUUAGGGAUGGCAGAUAUGGGAAUAGCUACGAUGAAUGAUAUGCGAGAUAAUGCUGCUAUGAUUGCAGGUAUUGAUCCUGACGUCCCGCUUAUUGCGGAUGCCGAUACAGGAUACGGAGGGGCAAUCAUGAUCGGCCGCACAGUAACCCAAUACAUCCAAUCUGGAGUCGCAGGCCUGCAUCUCGAAGACCAAGUCGUAAACAAACGCUGUGGACAUCUAAAAGGCAAACAAUUGGUUUCACUGGAAGAAUAUAUCAGCCGUUUUAAAGCAGCGGUUAUGGCAAGAGAAGCGGCUCGCGGCGAUAUCAUUCUAAUAGCGCGCACUGAUUCCCUCCAAUCAUUUGGCUACGAUGAAGCCUUGAUGCGGCUAAAAGCCGCUGUCGAAGUCGGUGCUGACGUGGCCUUCCUCGAGGGCGUGGAAACUCGAGAGCAGGCAGAAAGAUUUUGUGAGGAAAUGGCGCCAACACCUUGCCUCUUCAAUAGUGUCCCUGGGGGUGUGUCGCCGGACUUCUCGGUCCAGGAAGCGAAGGAUAUUGGGUAUAAGAUUGUCAUUUUCCCAGUAUUAGCUGUUGAGGUCGUGUAUCCGGCCGUUAGGGCGGCGGUGAGACAGUUGAAAGAGAAGGGAAAGACGGAUCCGGUAGAGAAGGAUGGGAAGAGGUGGAGUCCAAAGGAGUUGUUUGAGGUUUGUGGGUUGAAGCAGUUGAUGGAGUUUGAUGUUAAGGCCGGGGGGAAAGGGUAUGUUGAUGGUGUGUAGGGAUACGGAUGGGUCAGUUGAAGGUAGAGAAGGCGAGAUAACAUCGUGGCGAACUUGAGCCAGGUGAAAAACAGGAGAAAAUCAGAUCUGAAUUUAUUAGUCCUGUGAAGUGAGAGGGGCGAGUCGAGCAAAUUAGCGGCAGUCCUGC